AUGGCUUUCGGUGCUCCAAGAGGUAGAGGCGGUGACAGAGGCGGAUUCGGUGGCCGUGGUGGAUCCAGAGGUGGAUUUGGUGGUCGUGGUGGCCGUGGUGGAUCCAGAGGUGGAUUCGGUGGUGACAGAGGUGGAUUCGGUGGCCGUGGUGGUGCCAGAGGUGGUGCCAGAGGUGGCCGUGGUGGACCAAGAGGUGGUGCUAGAGGUGGCCGUGGUGGUGCCAGAGGUGGUGCUAGAGGCGGUGCUAAGGUUGUUAUCGAACCACACAGACAUGCCGGUGUCUUCAUUGCCAGAGGUAAGGAAGAUUUAUUAGUUACCAGAAACAUUGCUCCAGGUGAAUCUGUUUACGGUGAAAAGAGAAUUUCCGUUGAAGAACCAUCUAAGGAAGAAGGUGCUGCUCCAACCAAGAUCGAAUACCGUGUGUGGAAUCCAUUCAGAUCUAAGUUGGCUGCUGGUAUUAUGGGUGGUAUCGAUGAAUUAGGAAUUGCUCCAGGUAAGAAGGUUUUAUACUUGGGUGCUGCUUCUGGUACUUCUGUUUCCCACGUUGCUGAUGUUGUUGGUCCAGAAGGUAUGGUUUAUGCCGUUGAAUUCUCUCACAGACCAGGUAGAGAAUUGAUUGGUAUGGCCAAGAAGAGACCUAAUGUCAUCCCAAUCAUUGAUGAUGCUCGUCACCCUCAAAAAUACCGUAUGUUGAUUGGUAUGGUUGACGCUGUUUUCGCCGAUGUUGCCCAACCAGAUCAAGCCCGUAUUAUUGCCUUGAACUCCCAUUUAUUCUUAAAGGACCAAGGUACCGUUGUCAUCUCCAUUAAGGCUAACUGUAUUGACUCCACUGUUGAUGCUGAAACCGUUUUCGCUAGAGAAGUCCAAAAAUUGAGAGAAGAAAGAAUCAAGCCAUUAGAACAAUUAACCUUAGAACCUUAUGAAAGAGACCAUUGUGUUGUCGUUGGUCGUUACAUUAGAAGUGGUUUAAAGAAAUAA